AUGCCUUCGGACAGCGAAACGGGCCCUGCCAAGGACGAGGCGCCGCCCGUGGCAGCGGCGCCGCAGUCUGAUGAGCACUCCGAAGAAGGAGAGGCCAGCGAGGGCGAAACCCCACCACGCAACGGCCACGGCAGAAGCGAUUCAGACGACACACCACCUCGGGAAUCAGGCCCGGGGACAGAACACAGCGACGCACCGCCAUUACCAGACGAGCCAAUACCCGGCCAGAGCUCCACACACGGGCAAGCUGGCGGCAGCGCAAGCGACGGUGAUGCGCCUCCCCUACCAGACGAGGCACCCCCUCCAGAAGAUGACGGCUGGGAUGCGAUGUGGGACGCCGCGAGGCAGGCGUGGUACUUCUACAACCGGUUCACGGGGCUGUCACAGUGGGACAACCCAAGGGUCCAGACAGCGGCGGCCCCUGGCGAGCCAUCAUCGUCCUCAGCCGCGGCAGCAACGAUAUCACAGCCCACCUCGGUAGCAGGAGGGUACAACCCCGCGAUCCACGGGUCGUGGGACCCAAACGCGCCGUAUGCGCAGGCCUACAAACAAGCCGACGCAGGGGACGAGGACGCCACGACUGCCGCGCAGUACGCGGCGGUCGUAGCAGCAGGCGGUGCAGGAGGGGAGCCAGGGCUAGACGGAGGGGACGCCUACGCGCAGGCGGCGGCGUUCAACAGCCGGACGGGGCGGGUGCAGGCGGCGGACAUGAACCCGGACCACUUCUCGGACGCGGCCAAGUCGCACCGGCAGAUGAACGCGUACUUUGACGUCGACCGCGCGGCCAACUCGCACGACGGGCGCAGCCUCAAGGCCGAGAGGAGGGGCAAGCAGCCCACCAAGAAGGAGCUGGCGCAGUGGAAGGAGAAGCGGAAGGCCAGGAAGGAGGAGAAGAGGAGGGCGUGGCUGAGGGACUAG